AUGCUGGAUGAGCUGGCAGGGCUACACGUGGAGCUCGACCCUCCUGACGUGGCAGGGCGGAGCCAGCUGGACGAUCGCCGGGACGUCGCUGACGACGCUUUUUUCCGGCUGCGAGGGCUCUGCGACGCACUGCUAGCGCUGCUACAGCUGCUAGAGCUGCUAGAGCUGCCAGAAGCCGCCUUAGUGGACGCGGCAGGGGAGGAUCCCUUAGGGCUUGGCAGCAGCUGCGGCUUCCCGCCAAACGCGGCGGCAGCUGCGGCGGCGUCUUUCGAGGGAUACGCUGGCGGAGUGGACGGCGCGGACCGCGGGCUGGUUGAGGCGGAAAGAGCGCGCGAGCGCACCUUGGACAUGGGCGCGGACUCGGAGCGGGAGAGGAAGCUUCCAAGCGGCUUCGGGGAUUUGCAUGUGGCUGCUGCGCCCGUUGAUAUGCUCACGCGGGUGGGCUCGUCAGAUCUUCCCCCAGGCGCCUUUAUCGCCUCGAUCACCGCCGCGUUUCUUGCCUUCGUCGGUCUUUUCCUGUGCCUCGUUUUCGCUCGCUGGUUCAUUGCUCCUGAACCAGAACAGGAGGACGACAGGAAUAACCAGCGGCGGAGACUUUUCGGCUUGGAUAAAGACCUCGUCAAGAGCUUUCCGACCUUCGUUUUCGCAGCUGAGCAAGCCAAGGAGAGCGACUGUGUCAGUUUCCGUCAGUGCUGCAUCUGCUUACAAGACUACGAACCAGGCGACGAAAUCAAGUCUCUUCCGGUUUGCGGUCACAGGUUCCACGAAUCGUGUAUCGACAUGUGGCUGGAAGGGAAGAGAACUUGUCCAGUGUGCCGGGCGAAUCUCAGACCCAAGCCAUCGGUCGACAGCGGGUCGAACUUCUGUUUCUCGUUCGUGCGAAACCGAGCCUUUUCCCGCCGUCGCCGGGCGAAUCUGGCGCUCGAAAAUGGCGGCGCCUCACGCGGAAGGCCGGGAACGCGGGGACUGGAAGACGCGCUCGUUGAUUCCUUCCCCACGUUCAUGUUCUCCCCGGAAACGGCGGAGAGCGAUAAAUUCGUGGAGUACGGCGGUUUGAAGUUACCGGGAGAGGAAGGAAGAGGGGAUUUGGAGGGCGGGAAGGCGGUACCGAACUGGGGGGAAGGAGAGGGAUUUCGCGAGUGCGCGGUGUGCUUGGCGGAGUAUGUUUCCGGGGACAUGCUGAAACUGCUCCCCCCGUGCGGGCACGUGUUCCACGUGGACUGCAUUGACACGUGGCUCCAAGGAAAAACGACCUGCCCGAUAUGCCGCCGACACAUCGGUCCAAGUGCUGAAGUCAAGGAAGGAGAUUCAGAAGGAGGCGGGAUAGCGGGAGAUAGGGGACAACAAAUCGAGAGGGGAGAGCAAGGGGAGAGCAGCACGGGGGGAGGUUUAGCGGGUCUGGAAGCCGACAGAGAGGAGUUAGGGCAGCAAGCGGUGGCAGGAGCAGAUAACCCGUUAUCUCGUGCGAAAGAUCAUCCGAAGAUCGCACACGCAUUGGCGGAACUAGCCGUAGAGCAAGGGCCUGACUCCAUUACAGCAUCACAGAAGGAAGCGGCCGAACAGCUAAUGGCCCUGGUGGUGGCGAAAGGGGCGGAGGACCAGGCACUGGCGGAGGCGGCGGCGCAGCUGCUGGCGAUGACGGCAGCGAACGACAAGAAGAACCCGCACCUCAUGCACGUGGACCGAUGGGUCACUACGUGCUGCAGCGUGCUGAAGCGGUGCAAGGGAGCGAGCGACAGCAAGAGGCGGAAGAGCAGCUCACAAGCCAACGCCGGCGAAGCAGACACUGCCGCAGCAGCAGCAGCAGCCGGGGGAGAAACAGGGGGAACGGGGGGAACGGGGGAGGCGGCGGCGGGGGAGGCAGUGAGCGAGGCGCUGCUGGUGUGCAUGGCGAGCUGUCUGGCGGACUUAAUGAACAACCCGCGCAGCACCAUCGUGUGCAGCACGCGCGCGCAGGAGAUCUUCCAGUGCCUGCAGCCCGCGCUGCUGCUCCCGCGCGUCUCCAACCGCCUGCUCUACUUCCAGGUCUGCAGGGCGGUUUCCGAGGUGCUGCACCCCUCCACGUGGCCCAUGAACCAAUCCGCCGCCGUUCCCAAGCGCCUGCUGGAGCGGCUGAUUGAUCUAAUCACUCCGGUUAAGGCCUCGGUUGCUGGUGGUGUGAAGGGUGCUGAUGGGUCGGGUGAUAAGGAUGCUGGUGGGAAUGAAGCCGAUGCCACUGCUGCUACUGGUGCUGCUCAGAAUGUCGCUGAGAAUGGGGUAGGGGAGCGUGAGACAGAGGCCACGGAACCCGCCUUGCCAAACGGCACAGCUGCUGCAGACGCAGAGGCAGCUAAAGUAGCAGGGGCAGAGGCGGCUACAGCAGCAGCGGUAGAGGAGCAGGAGGGCGGCGGCAGCGAGGGCAGCAGCAACGAGGGCGACGUGACAGAGUCCUUGAUCCACAUGCAGGCGUGCAAGGCGCUGCUGGUGAUGGCCACGAACGGCGCAGCGGAUCUGAUCGUGCAGCACGUGCCCGGGGUGAUGGGCGCGCUGGAGCGGCUCAGGCAGGAGUCGGGCGUGGAGGAGGCCGUGGUGCAGGCUGACGCCGCGCUCAUGGCGCUCUGGCUGUCACCCAAAGGAUACUCGCUCUCCAACCCCGAGCUGCGACCGGUGGUAGCAGCGCAUCUGCUGAGGGUGCUGGGCUCGCCAGACCUGGUGGAUAACCACCAGGACGUCAGCUUGGCUCUGGUGACGUCAACCAUCAACCCUGACGCUGCCACGCGGGCCAGCAUGCUCCAGCUGUACGCGGGACUGCUGAGUCAGCAGCAGGAGCUGACGCACAUCCUGAUUGGCCACGUGGAUGACACUGACAGCCUGGCACACCAGAGCGUGGUGUAUUUUGUGCUGCAUUUGUGCGAGUCUGAAGACUGUGCCAAGGCCUUCACAGCCAAUCAGGUGGACUGUGAGGCGCUAGUGGCAGCGCUGGUGGUGGCGGCACAGGCAGAGAAUCACUACGCACCCAUCGCUGUUCUUGUUCGCCUGGCUAGCCGUCCUACCACCUGGGACCAGGUACUCACACACAUCGACACCAGAACACUCAAUCGCUUGCGCGCCAUUCCCGGCACCCGCCCCCGACGAGAGGUUGAUCAACUGGCUGCAGCAUAUGCAGAGUACAAGGGAGAGAAGCCCCCAGAGCGCACAGCAUCCAUGCCAUCGGAGGAGGAGCAGUCCAAGGAGGACAUUCUGAGAGACAUUGUACGCAGCCAGUCCCACAGGAGCCUCAAGUCAAGAACUGCAGGGGAUAAAAGCUUUGAAGAUCUGGCAGGCGCCGUUGCAAGCGCGGCGACAGGCGUUGCCAAGAUCACUGUAGAGGAGUCAACAGAUGCUUGA